AAGAAACUUUACCUUCGCUUAAAGAAUUUAACAAAUGGGAUUCACCUUUUGUUAAAUAUUUUGCAAAUAAUCCAUACCCUACGUGGUCAUAUCCUUACUUUCUUACCUGGAUAUUUGAUCUUUUAAAUAAAAAAAAUAUCAACCGAAUGUUUUAUAAAGCUUUAGAGGUGAUAGAUAAAGAUUCAAACGCACCUGAAGAACUUCGUACUGCCGUUAGAGAACUUAUUAAAAAAAAAAGGGAUGAUAUUAAUAAUGCUAAUUACAUCUGGGAUGAUUUACAACAAUUAAUCCAACGAGUAUUGGCAGAAAAAGAAAAUCACGUUGCGAAUGUUAUCAAGAAAAAAAAACCGACAACUAUUAUUAAAACACAAUUCGUACCCAAGUUAAAGUGGAGUAUGAAGGCUUCAAGUGGAAAUUCUAUAUACUCUGAUGUUGAAAAAAUUCUCCUUAAUUUCCGUGACUUAUUUAUAAAAUGUAAAAAUGAAAAACUUGAACUUCCAAAUUUUAAUCCAAAUGAAAAUCAUCCGCAUUUUAAAGAAAUUCGAAAUCUCUAUCUUCCGUUAAAUCCGUUAUGUCUGCAGCCUCGGCCUUCUCUCCUUGUAUACAAUCUUUCUAUGGUAGAUGAAAAUGGUGGAAUAACAAAUACUCUUGAUUUAGAAAAGAUUUCUCAAAUUAAAGAAUGUUUAGUUGUGUUAGGAACUUCAGGUUCUG